UUUCGGCAAAGAGGGUAUAACUUGAAGAGUGCAAUGUCUAGAAUUUAGUUGAGAGACGAUCGUUGUUCAUAUAAGUUGUCUGAAACACAUCCCGUUUGAGUCGUUGCAUUUAUUGACAUACAACCACGUCAUUAUUAGUUUGCAGAAGAAGAAAAAAGAAUAAUAUUCAGAAAUGGCCAGAGUAUUUACCGCUGCAGAAGUUGAAUCUUUCCAAACAGCAUUCGAUACGUUCUCCGAAGAAAAUGCCGGUGUUCGGAGUGUAUCAACUGAAUCGCUUGCUGAAAUCUUAGAGAUUAUGGAGAAGCCAUACGAUGAAGCCUCUGUUCAGACAUACAUGGCAGAAUUAGAUGUAAAUAAUUCUGGUCGUUUGGAAUUCGACGAAUUCGUGAAACUUAUCGCUAAAUUUCUUUAAUUCUCGAAACGGUGCUAAUCUCUUCUAGAAUCCAUGGAAAUGAUAAUUGAAAAAAUUUCCUUAAUUU